GAUUUAAUAGCUGAGAUGUUAGUAAAGUCUCUGGUGGUUCUUUUUAUAAAGCCAAGCAUCUUCAUAGACUUCUGUAUUGUACUGGAAAUUAGUUAUUAUCAUAUAUUUAGUCUUUUUGAUAUUCAUUUUCAGCUCCCCAUUAGAAAGGAAGAUGGUGAUUGGGCCAAGGCAGAUGACGACAAAGCCCAAGCUUUCGCUAAUCAUCUCAGGCAAGUUUUUCAACCUCAUCCCAGAAUUGUCCCUACGGAAGAAGAAGAAUUCAUUCACAAGAGCUUAGAGGUAUCCUACCAGAUGUCACCUCCGAUUGAAAAUAUCAAAAUAAAUGAAAUUAAAGAUUUAGUUAAAAAUCUUGAUAUCAAAAAAGCUCCAGGGUAUGAUUUAAUAUCGGGAAAAAUCUGCAAGAACUUACCUGAAGAAGGACUUCGGUUGGUUGUGUACAUAUUCAACGCUAUAAUAAAGUUAGGCUAUUUUCCGUUUCAAUGGAAAAUGGCACAAAUUAUUCUAAUACCGAAACCAAAUAAAGAUCCGCACGAACUACCAUCUUAUCGUCCAAUCAGUUUGCUUCCCGUUAUAUCUAAGAUAUUUGAAAGGUUACUCCUUCAAAGAAUGAAUCCUAUAAUCGAGAGAAAAAAGUUGAUACCGGAGUACCAGUUUGGAUUCAGGCAACAACAUGGAACAAUUGAGCAGGUACAUAGGGUUGCCAAGGAAGCAAGAGAUGCAAUUGAAAAGAAAGAAUACUGCACUGCAGCCUUUUUGGAUGUCUCACAAGCAUUUGAUAAGGUUAUUCUAUUUUUGGAAUCCACUUUAAACCGUAGUAUAUUUGUUAACCAACUAAUAAAGAGUAAGACUGGAAUAAAACAUUAUGCCAAUUAUUUGAUUGUGAACCAUAGGUACGAUGAUCUAACUAGUUUUUAUAUCUCAACAGGUGUUUAUUCCAAUAUGAAACAACUUUAUUACCUAAUGGCACGUGGUACUAAGAGUAAGAGCAUUAUACUUGGUCAUUUAAAUAGUUUAGGCAUGGAUUCUCUACAGAAAAUGUAUAACAAAGAUGAUAGUGCAGAAUAUAAUCCAUAUAUACAACUAUUACGAUGGCAAAUUGAAAAAAAUGAAAAUUGUGAGUCUGUUAUAGAACAGUUAGCCGUUUUAUGUAAAAAAGAGUGGGAUGUAAAUAAAAACGCUGUAGAAGUUAUAUUUGAAUUUAAAAAAAGACUGAAAAUUGAUGACUUUGCUUUUGAGUGGACUGUAAUGAAUGUUUUGGCAUCCAAGGGGAUGUGGCCACAGCUAAACGAUUUUUUUAUGAAGCCGAACUGGCUAACAAAAAAGCAUUCUUUGAAAACAGUCAUUCCAACUGAACUGUUUGUAUAUGGAUUAAGCAAGCACAAUCCCCCUAAAGAUGUACUGGAACAGUACUUACCAUAUAUAAAUAAUACUGAGAGAAGUCUGUUGUUGGCGCAAAAAUUGAACUGUCAUAAGUUUGUCAUUCAACAUUAUAUUAAUCAGAGAGAUAGAGUUGGACUUAUAAAUUACAAGGCUUCACUUAUAGCUAACAAGUUAACGCCUCAAAAUCCAGAAUAUUUUAUGAUCGAAAAUGCAUUGCAGUCCACCGACAAAAAAUGGAAAAAUUAAAUGUGAUAAUCAGAACCAGCAGCCUUGCAGAGAAACCUUGUUUUGGAUAUUUAUAUUACUUAAAGUAUUUGGAAUUAUAUAUUUCUAUGAGGAUAUUUUUUUAACAUGUAAUGUUAUAGAAAAACUCUGAUUAAUAAAUAAACUUUUAUUUCUUUA